GCAGUGUAGCGUCGAGUUAACACUACAGUAGCACCUCCUCUUCCGCGGACGUACUGUACCUAAUAAAUUGGCUUUUUUACAACCACAGUUACAACACCUGUAUAUACAGCCAUAACUAUAACACCUGUAUAUACGGCCACAACUAUAACACCUGUAUAUACGGCCACAACUACAAUACCUGUACGGCCACAACUGCAACACCUGUACGGCCACAACUGCAACACCUGUAAGGCCAUAACUACAACACCUGUAUAUACAGCCACAACUAUAACACCUGUAUAUACGGCCACAACUACAAUACCUGUACGGCCACAACUACAACACCUGUACGGCCACAACUACAACACCUGUAAGGCCAUAACUACAACACCUGUAUAUACGGCCACAACUAUAACACCUGUAUAUACGGCCACAACUACAAUACCUGUACGGCCACAACUGCAACACCUGUACGGCCACAACUGCAACACCUGUACAGCCACUACUACAACACCUGUAUGACCACAUCAUCUUUGCGACAAGUACAACAUCGCCUUAGUUCCAGGGAGCGUGUGUGCAGCAGUAUGUUCAUUAAAAGUGUGUGGCGACGAUGGCGAGCGUCAAGGGUGAGCUGGCGUCUGGCGCUGAGACUUGUAAUGAUCACUGGCAUCUUCCUCGCCCUGUACAUCCUCAGCUCCCUCAACACCAGCACAUCACCCACACACAACUCCAUGCAUGUAAGGAGAGAGGGUGUUGGGCCUCAGGCCAGAACCUCCAUCAAGGAUACUGGAUGGACCGUUGGCGGAACACAGCAGCUGGGUCACCAUGAUGUGGAUAACGUGGUGGAACAGCAGCUGGGUCACCAUGAUGUGGAUAACGUGGUGGAACAGCAGCUGGGUCACCAUGAUGUGGAUAACGUGGUGGAACAGCAGCUGGGUCACCAUGAUGUGGAUAACGUGGUGGAACAGCAGCUGGGUCACCAUGAUGUGGAUAACGUGGUGGAACAGCAGCUGGGUCACCAUGAUGUGGAUAACGUGGUGGAACAGCAGCUGGGUCACCAUGAGGUGGAUAACGUGGUGGAACAGCAGCUGGGUCACCAUGAUGUGGAUAACGUGGUGGAACAGCAGCUGGGUCACCAUGAUGUGGAUAAAGUGGUGGAACAGCAACUGGGUCACUAUGAUGUGGACAAAGUGGUGGAACAGCAACUGGGUCACCAUGAUGUGGAUAAAGUGGUGGAACAGCAACUGGGUCACUAUGAUGUGGAUAAAGUGGUGGAACAGCAACUGGGUCACUAUGAUGUGGAUAACAUAGGUAAGGACCAUCCAGUGGGUCAACCUACAGCUUCACCUCAGAAGCAGCAGUUUCCAUACAGGUACCUUAUAAAUGAACCUCACAUUUGUGACCACGACGUCAACAUUAUCAACAUGAUUCCCAUCGCUCUUACAAGACUUAAGAGGAGGUUAUACAUCAGGGAGUUGUGGGGGCAGCGGAAGUACUCCAGCAAGAUAAGGAUGAAGACCGUGUUUGUGGUCGGGAUCACCAACUCCAACUACCAAAGUCAACUUCUCCACGAGAGUCAACACUACCACGACAUCAUCCAACUCGACUUUGUUGAUUCAUAUUUUAAUCUGACAUUAAAAACAUUAUCCAUCCUUCACUGGACACAAAACUUUUGUCCGGGGGCGAAAUGGAUUCUGAAGAGCGACGAUGACGUAUUGGUCAACCCAUUUACCCUGACCGAGUACCUAACCCAGCAUCCCACAGCUGAUUUUGUAUGUAAGAUGAACAGAAAUUCGCAGGUUUGUCGCGAAGGGAAAUGGUGUCCGAAAAAAUGGCAGGUUAGCUACGAAGAAUACCCCUUUAACUUAUACCCUCUCUCCUGUCACGGUUUCGUUUACGUGAUCUCUAGAAAGAUGGCUCGGUUGGUCUACGCCUCCGCCAAUAAAACUCACCCAUACCGCAUGGAAGACAUCUACUUUACCGGCAUUGUGGCCAAGCACUUUAACCCUGUACGUCAACACUUAAGCAAAUAUUUGUUUCCAAUACAAAUAAAAACUCUUACAAUUCUUCCUAAACUGGGCAAAUUACUGUUCUUGUUAAAGCCUGAUCUUAUAAAAGGAUUUGAGCUCACAAUGUGGGAGCGAAUUCUCCAAGAGAGUUAUAAUCACACGGUUACCAAAAAUUCGGGAACAGCAUUCUAAAUAUUAUUAUUUAUUUGCAGGCGAUAGUAGUCUUUAUACCAGCCACUCAUCUUUAUUUCUCUCCCUCGACAUGGCCACCAAGUGAAUGACCAUUCAUUU